AUGCAACAUUUUAUGACCGUUUUGAUUAGUUAUAUUACAAAUCAAGUUAUUGAAACAUCGUGGAAUGAAUUUAUGAAAAAAGUUCAAAAUGCAAAACAUAUUAAUGAUAUUAAUCUGGCACAUACGGAAUAUUUAGAUAGAACAAUGUUAAAUUGCUUACUAUCACCGCAUGCUGCUCCAAUAUUCAAUGAACUUAAUCGUGUUCUAACAUUGAUAAUACGUUUUCGUUGUCAAUUAAAAACGUUUUCAUGGAUAUUAAAUGCGUCCUAUAACGAUAUCUCCAACACUGGUUUACAAGCUCUAACAACAACAUUCGAAAAAUAUCAGAUAGCCACUGUAUCCUUGUACAAAGUUGAAGAUAAGUUUCUAUUAUCACUGGUACCAUCUCUAAAUGGAACAGUGACAGCAGAAGGUUUUCAAUCUAAUAUUGAUGUUGAUGACAGAAUGGCAAUUCAAUUAUGCAAUCGAACAGUUGAAGAACGUGGGUUUUAA